AUGCAGCGCGAUUUGCUCCAAACCCGAGUCGACGGGCAUGACGUCUUCAAGGCGCCUCAGCAGAAUGUCCGCGCGGCCGCCGACCUACUCGGCGACAUCAUCCAGCAGCUUCCACAGCCAGAUCUACCUGUGGUGGAAACCAUAAACAUGGUCAAGGCUAUGGACGACUCGACUGGGCAUUGGUUGUCGGGGCUCCCCAAACGGUCCAUUGACUCAUGGGCUGAGCUUCGCGACUGGUUCAUAGCCAAUUUCCAGGGCACAUACGAAAGGCCAAGGACAAAGUAUGAUCUAUACCAAGUCCAACAAAGGAAAAACGAAUCUCUACGGGCCUAUAUCAAACGGUUCUCAGAGGUCCGCAACUCCAUCCCCGAUAUCAAAGAUGACGUGGUCAUCGCUGCCUUUCGAAAGGGAGUACGUGAUGAGCCAUUCAUCGCCAAGUUUACCAAGAAGGAGCCGAUUAUGGUCAAAGACCUCUUCAACAUGGCUAACUCCUACGCUGCGGCUGCCAACGCGGUGUCCGCCUCGCAGAGAGAUAAGCACGAGGGAAAGGAGCAGCCAUCUGGUAAAGGCAAGGAGAAGGAGCACAAGAAGGACUCGGACUCGCGGAAACGCAAGCUGGAGGAGCUGGUUGCCGUCGCAGAACGGCACCCAAUCCAACGUCCUAAGAUGUCUGACUACGAUAAGGUCAUGAACAGCAAGUGCCCCUACCACCUAAAGUCCUCCCACUUGGCCAAAGACUGCUUUGUCAUGCGUCAUUACGCAGAGCAGCUCGCCAAAGGUCAGUCGGGGGCCGUCGGGUCGAGCAAGCCAAUGCUCGCCGAUAAAAAAGACGACGAGUUCCAAGACCCACAAGCCGAGCUAAACCACAUCUUUGGUGGCCCGCUCGCAUAUGAGUCCAAGCGGAAGCAAAAACUCACGACAAGGGAGAUAAACACCACAGCGGUGGACGUCCCCCAGUACCUGCGGUGGUCGAAAGUCCUGAUCAUGUUCGACCGCUCGGAUCACCCUGGCCGAGUGGCUCACCUAGGGCGGUACCCACUGGUGCUAGCCCCAGUCAUCAAAAGCAUCAAAUUGAAGCGCGUGCUCAUCGACGGCGGAAGCGCUCUCAACAUUCUCUUCGCCAAGACGCUUGACGAUAUGAAAAUCCCGAGUACGAAGCUACGACUGAGCAAUGCGCCCUUUCAUGGGGUCAUUCCAGGGCUAUCGGCAAGACCGCUCGGGCAGAUCACUCUUCCGGUAACCUUUGGAACAAAAGAAAAUUACCACAGGGAGAACAUUUGCUUUGAAGUCGCUGACUUUGAAACAGCAUACCAUGCCAUCAUCGGCAGGCCCGCGCUGACGAAGUUCAUGGGGAUCCCGCACUAUACCUACCUCAUGGUCAAGAUGCCCGGGCCCCACGGCAUCAUCACUCUGCGCAGCGACAUCAAGCAGGCCUUCAGCUGCGAAGUGAAAAGCUGCGAGAUCGCACAACACGCCGAGGAGUAG